CAUGGAAUCGUCUGAGCUUUAUCACGCUAAGCAGCAAUUUACUCUUGGGGCAUACAAGGCGCUUGCCCAGCAACCCCUCCCAGAGACUUCCUCGUCAGACUUCACGCCUAUUCUUCUUCUUAUGGCCCGCUCUUACAUCGCCCUCAAUGACCCAAAAUCGGUCCUGAAACUCGUGCCAGACGGCUCGGAGAAUGUUGCAUUAAAAGCUGUAGUAUCGCUAGCGCGCUAUAUUGGCUCGACUGAUUCCACUAAGGCGGAAGCUGCUCUAGAAGAACUCCGCGAUCUUUCCGUUGAGAUUGAAGGCGAGGAUGUUGAAGGAAGUGAUAAGGAUAAGGCUCUUGUCAAAGUUCUUGCUGGCACUGCGUUUGCACGAGCAGGGGAAAUCGAGGAAGCUCUGGAGACGUUGGGAUCAGAGACGGAGGACCUUGAAGGUGUCGCUGUAAUUGUGCAGAUAUACCUCUCAAUAAACCGCCCUGACUUGGCCAAGAAACAAUUCGACCGGUCAAAGCGGUGGGCAGAAGAUGACUUGCUGCUACAACUUAUCGAAUCUACCAUCGGCCUAGUGACUGGCAAGGACGGUUACGCGAAUUCGAGUUCCUUUUACACGGAACAACUGGGCAAUCCUUCUUUGUCGUCUCCUCAUCUUCUCACUGCUAGAGGAGUCAUUCGUAUCCUGCGUGGGGAGAUCCAAGAAGCAAAAUCCGACCUAGAGGAGUCGCUUGAACAACAAAAGGGAGAUGAAGAGGCGCAAGCCGCCUACGUUGUUGCUGCUGGUCUUGGCGCGUUGAAGAAACCAGAUGCAGAAGAAGUGUGGUGGAAGUUUGCUUCUGAACAUCCAUCACAUCCCCUUGUUCAGGAUGUCGCGCAGAAGUCUGCUCUUUUCGACCAGUUCGCGGCAGCCUACGCAACACCUCCUCAAGCAGCAGCUUA